AUGGAGAAAAGAAAUCGCCCAGCCGCUCCUCCGGAGUGUCUUUCUAAUACAUAUCUGAUGGCAAGGGUGGUUCGUGGAAACUUGUCUGCGGCCUCACACGGAGCUUGCAGCGGAAGAAAUCUAUCUGAUGGCCCAGCUAGCCGCGAGGUGAACAAAACUUGUGUUGCCAUCAUGUUUCCUCUGGUAGUAGUGGCUGCGGUGAUAGGCUUCGAAGCUGCUGCAGUCCUCAUGUCCAUAACAUUGUGUGCGGAUCAUGAUCGUAAGCACAAGGGUCGACGACGUCGUGGUGGAUGGGCUGGAGGCGGAAUAGAUGUUGCGGGUGGUGGUGGUGCCUGUGGCGGAGGUGGAGCUGCCUGUGACGGAGGAGGAGGAGGAGGAGCUGGCUGCGGAGGUGGUGGUGGUGGCGGCGACGGUGGAGGAGGUGGUGGUGGCGGUGGCUGUUGA